AUGUCCCUGGCAGGGUUAGGGCCCAGCAGGGGAAGGAAGCCAGGAAGAGGGCGGCUGCCACCGCAGGCAGCGGUGCUUGAGCAGCAGCAGAAGCUGGCGCAGAGGCAGGAAACCGAGCGGGCUGCCGUGAGAGAGCUUGAUCCCAGCUCUGAGGAGGCCGUUGCCAACACCUCCGACAUGCAGCUUGUGUUCUUUGGCACAGCAGCCCAGCGGCCCACCAAGGCCAGGUCAUCGCGGGCUGUGGCGCUGCGCAAGGGCAAGAGCAAUUGGCUGUUCGACUGCGGGGAGGACACGCAGCGGCAACUGCUUAAACAGGCACUGGUGCGGCCGGGCAAGAUCGACCGCGUCUUUGUCACCCGCGCCAGCGGCGACUCAGCCUUUGGCCUCCCAGGCAUGCACCAGCAUUUCUUAUCGGUUACGUGCAUGAUGUGCAUCUGCAGCGCUGCCAGGGAGGUGGGCAUGGACACCUCGGACCUGCCCCUGCACAUCUAUGGUCCCCCGGGCCUGGCAGAGUACCUGCGGACAUUCCUGACGGUGUCGGACACGUACAUAGUGAUGCCCGUGGUGGUGCACGAAUUUGUGACAUCCCCUGUUCCCGAGGAGGAAAUGGACCGUCCAGAGCAGCUGGAGCACCGCUGCUGCCUCUUCCGCAUGCGGGAAGAGCGUGUAAUAAUAAUAAGAAUGCCUCCUGAGGGGUAUUAUGACGGGCAGAUCAUGCAGCUGACAAAGCGGCACCAGCAGCGGCGGAAGAAGCGCAAGGGAUCUGACGAGCGCGCUGUGCUGGUGGAGCAGCGCCUGCCAGACCCAGGCGAUCCAUCCAGGAGUGAUGUGGCGCCUGAGGAGAUGACUUGGACGGUGCGCUGUGACGAGAAUUUCACGGUCUGUGCGGCGCCUCUGUCGCAGCGGCCGCAGAGCUUCGGCUACGUUGUACGCGAGAGCGACAGGCGUGUCUCUGAUCAUGUCGCGGCGGGGACGCUGAACGUGGCGGCGUGUGAGGAGCUGGGAGUGCGGCCCGGCAGGGACUACUCGCGGGUCAAGGCCGGCGAGAGCGUGCUCAGCCGCAGCGGCGAAAUCAUCCGCCCCGAGCAGGUGGUGGGUCCAACCAUCGUCGGCCGCAGCGUGGCGAUUCUGGGGGAGGCCGUGGCCAGCACUACGCGGCAAUGGGCUACCGGGUGUGACCUGCUGGUUCACCCUGCCAUCUCCCAGGUCAGGAUGGACGAAGGCGGGAGCUGUGCAGAAGGUGCGGGUGUGUUGGCGAGCCAGGUUGAUGUGAGGCAUCUCGUGCUCACAGGCUUCCCAGAAGCACAGGCAAGCGACAGCUCAUCUUCCGACCAGUCCAGCUCAAAUGGAGCCGCAGCCGCCACCCCUGCCUUUGACAGGCAAUCUGGGGCCCCCGGUGCAGAGCGACAGAUGGGGCAGCGGCAUGCGAACGCGGCGCUGGGCCGGCAGCGGCUGGGAACUUUCAAGGACACAUUUGCUGAGAAGUGCGUGGAGGCGGCGGCGCAAAAGUACGGCAGCGAUGCCGUCUCGGCCGCGCGCGAUUUGAUGGUGCUUAGUGUUGAACGGCGCUGGGGGCCCCAGUGAUAUCAGCUACAGUUGGGCACCCCAAAUUUGUGAGGGCUUGCUCUUUUGCAGUGAACGUGAGCGUGUGCCCUCCCAAUCGAAAGAUUCCUUUUGAUUGCUUGAGGAGACUGAGGUGCUAGUAAAGUAUGGUAAGAGCUCUGACAUGUGGUCUCUUGGGAGAGCCCCUGCAUAUGGUUUAUGCUAGGUCAAGCAAUGGCUUGUUCUCGCAAUCUUGAUCAUUGCUGCGACCUGGUGAUGAAAGGGGUUUUGAGAUAUCAUCGCUGAUUU